AUGUCUGCCUCAACGAGAAACCUGCUGGGCAGAGUCAGGCGAAUGGUCCCGCCUAUGCUAGACACGUUUCAUAAGGGCCAGCUGGGCCGAGUUGCUGUUAUCGGAGGCAGCGAGGAUUAUACCGGAGCUCCGUACUUUUCGGCCAUGGCUAGUGCGAGAUUGGGAUGUGACAUGUCACACGUUAUCUGCACUCCUGCAGCUGCGGCAGUCAUUAAGACAUACUCACCCAACCUCAUGGUCCACCCGCUCAUGCGCCAAUCACCUCCGCAGAAACAAGCUUCACAAGACGAUGACCCGGACUCCAACCCUGAUCACGUAUCACGCAAGAUCAUUGAGAUGCUGGGCCGACUGCACGUCCUGGUUGUUGGCCCCGGACUGGGCCGUGAUCCCCUCAUGCAAGCAACCGUGGCUCGCGUCAUCAGGGCCGCUAGAGAAUCCAACAUGCCCGUAGUCCUCGACGCUGAUGCCCUUCAAAUCGUCCAAAACGAUCCAGACAUAGUCCGAGGCUACAAAUACGCAGUUCUGACCCCCAACGUCGUCGAAUUCAAGCGUCUAUGCGACGCCCUCAAGAUCAACAUCGGUCAUCAGUCCAGCGAGACGGGCAAGGUAGAAGCCCUAGCUAAGGAACUAGGCGGCGUGACAAUCAUAGAAAAAGGUCAAAAGGAUUUUAUUUCCAACGGUAAAGUCACGCUUGUGAGCGAUCUCGAGGGAGGAAAGAAGCGAAGCGGCGGACAAGGCGAUACUUUGACUGGUGCUGUGGCUACUUUCUUGGGAUGGCGAAAGGCUUAUCUGGAUGGCCUAUGGAAAGACCAUGAGCAGCCUGCUCUUGAUGCCGAUGAGAUGAUGGGCUUGGCGGCAUUUGGAGGAAGUGCAGUGACUAGGGAGUGCUCUCGACUAGCUUUUGUAAAAAGGGGACGAAGCCUGCAAGCAAGUGACCUGACGGACGAGGUGCAUACGGCAUUUAUGGGGCUGUUUGGCGAGGUUGAUGGCGAGACAGAUGCGGCAAAGCUGUAA